AUGCGUCCAACUUUCGCUUGGGUGGUCAUCCAUGGUUGGCUUUGGCAGUGCGAUGGCACUGGGUCAGGAAGCGGGCCCGCUGAAACACGACUUGACCAGGUAGCAAGCUUUGUCGAGCCAGAUGCCUGUGCUGCAUCGGCCUGCUGCAGCUCCUUCGUGCAAAAGGCUGAGGCUGAGGAACACAAGACGCUUUCAACGAGCGGGACCUGGUACUUCUUGCACGGUGGCUCCGAAGAGUCAGUGACAGCAAUCGUGCCAGCAGAAACGGUCCUGGCCUCCACACCAGCAGUUGUGCAUGGGUGGUGCAUGAAAUGGAAGGAAACAGCAAGUGGCACAAAGCCAUAUUUGGACCAGGCGAGCUCGGAAAGGACUUGUGCCCGCGGAACAGCAUACAUGCUGAGCGAACCAGGUGCACGGCUCUAUGAGACGUUUUGGACGGGACCUGCACAACCGCUGGCAGAUCCACAGAGUCUGAGCUUCACAGCUCCAUCCGGCCAGAUUCUGAAGGCGACAGUGCUGGUGCCAAAGCUUCCGCUGACAGAGGAGGCCCCACAGUACUUCUCUGCUAUUUGGUUUGAGGCUUGCGAGACGGAGGAAGAGUUUACUACAAUGAGCAGCUAG